AUGGUGGAGACGAGAACUUCAAGAACGGCUUCCGCCGAUGAUACACCUGCCACAAAGCUGGCCGUCGAACCUCAACUUGCCAGAUCAUCCACUCAAGCAAGUUCGGUAGCCGGUUCUUCUGUGGACGAUACGGGGUCUCUGGGUACGGAUGAUGCUGUCGCGACAAAUGACGAGAUUGGUCCCUGGAAAGGCUGGGCUGAGCUGGAGAACGAUCCUGUCAUAUUCACUACACUGCUACGUGAAUGGGGAGUUCCAAACGUGCAGGUUCACGAGAUUGUCCCACUUGACAGCGUGUUCGACCAUCCACCUGAAGAUGUCUACGGCCUGAUCUUCCUAUCGCGAUGGGUGCCCACAGAUAUACAGAACAAUGUCACUGAGCCGCCUCAGGGUGUCUGGUUUGCUAAUCAGACAUCUUCUUUUUCAUGCGCAACCAUCGCACUUAUGAACAUCAUCAACAAUCGCAUGGACCUUGACCUAGGCCAACACCUGAACGAGUUUCGUACACACACAAUGAACAUGACUCCAAAAGAUCGGGGACUGUCCUUGGACUGCUUUGACCAUGUUAGAGAUGUACACAACUCAUUUGCGACCGACCUGGAUAAGAUGAACGUCGACUUCCGCCUCAAACAUGAGUUCAUCGCCGCCGAGAAAAAGAAAAAGGCUGCCAUGUCCAAACGUCCACGCAAGCGACUGAGAGAAGAUUAUGAGUAUGAUGAUGACGAGAACGGCUUUCACUUUGUCGCAUACGUACCGGCACAAGGCGCUAUCUGGAGGAUGGAUGGAAUGGAGAGACUACCCCGAAAGAUCGGAAGUCUCACAAAGGGAGACAGCUGGGUGGCAAUGGUGUUACCUGAGCUUCAGGCUCAAUGGGAGACGGCGGCAACCAGUGCCUUGGAGUUUUCGUUGUUGGCGUUGACGGCCAUGACGGACUCCUCGAGUCUGGAAGAGGACCGAGUCAAGAUGGAGCGGGCGAGGGAGGACUGGGGCCCUUUCAUUGCCCAUUUGGUGCGCCUCCACGCCGAGAAGGACACGCUGAGAGAGGAGUUAGAUUAG